UAUUAUUGACUCCGCCCAGGUUUUUUACUUGCUUGAUCCCGCCUUCUGAUUUUUAAUUGGAGAAGGGAAGUAAAUAUCUGCAUUUUUUUCAUACGCUGCUUAGCUAAGGCAGACAAAUUCUUAUUUGUUGAGCUAUCCUAAAUCUUGUUUCUGUUUCCGGGUUUUGGGUAUGUGUAUAGGUUUUGAGCGUAAAACUCGUGUGGCGCAUUAUGCGGUAUUGACAUCUCAAGUCUCCCGGAAGUCAGCGUCUCCUCCAUGCCUCCCCUCAAGUGAUCUAUAAUCUGCCGGAAAUCGCCCCCCGCUCCCACAUUUGUCUGUUGGCGACACCCCCUGUCCGAAAGAAAUCGUCAGCGAAUUAUUUAAUUAUAUAAUAUGACCCUGAGUCAUCUGAGAAUCCGCUUAAAUCUGCUAAACCAGUGGCAUCUCUGUACAACGAAAGUUAGCAAAGAAAGCGAGAUUAUUCAACGGGACUGGUACAAGACCAUGCAGUUUUCACAGCACAGGCGAUUUGCAAGAUCUUCCCUGUUUUCCAUUGAUUUCUUUACUGGUGCGGACAGAUCAGAGACGCUGUCCCAGGCAAUAAGCCGCACAUAUGCAGAAUCUUCCACUGUACCUGGCGAGGAUGAUCAAGAGGCACUGGUGCUGUUUGGAAGCCUGCGAGGGAAUGUUGUAGGGCUCCGUUACUAUACUGGAGUGGUCAACAAGCGAGAAAUGGUCUCCCUGGUGCGGGAACCUCAAAAUCCUUAUGACAAAAAUGCGGUUCAGGUGGCCAACGUGUACGGCCACCAGGUAGGGCACAUCAAGCGAGAGCUGGCAGCGCCGAUGGCCUACAUCAUGGACAACAAGCUGGCAAAGGUGGAAGGGAUUGUACCGUUUGGUGCCACGAAUACGUUUGCCAUGCCAGUACAGCUCUUUUUCUGGGGCCAGAAGGAAAAUAAGGCCGCAGUAAUGAAUAAGCUUGGACAGCAUGGGUUUCGACUUGGCCCCACUUCAGAAGGAUUUGGAGGAAAAAGUGCAAAGGCUUCUGGGCCAACGAUUGAUAAGUUCUUUCCACCACUACGUGGAAGCCCAGCUGCCAUUCCACUGACACGGGAACAGCUUCAGAACGUGUUUGACAAAUUGUUUGAUAACCUGAUGGAAGAGAAAAUUCAGGAGAUGGAACCAGCUGAAGCUGUUGGCACACCCCUUCUGCCACAUCAGAAGCAGGCACUGGCUUGGAUGGUACUGAGAGAAAAUAACAAUGAUUUACCACCUUUUUGGGAGCAGAAGAAUAAUCUGUAUUUUAAUGUCCUCACUAACUUUGCUGUUAAAGAAAAACCAGAGAAGGUUCAUGGGGGGAUCUUGGCUGACGAUAUGGGGCUGGGUAAAACACUUACCACCAUUGCACUGAUUCUUUCCAACUUUCACAAUGGGAGACCUCUUCCUACAGAGACAUUGUCAACGGAAAAUGCUCUUGCUCCUGGAUCUUCGGCAUCCAAAGAACGAAAAGAAAGGAAGCGAACUAGAAAAGAGGAGUUAGAGAAAAGUACAGUGGAAGACAGGUCUGUGAAAAGUGCAAAGGACCCAGUUCCAGCAGAAGCCUCUGUGAGCAGCUCACGUGCGAAAAGAUCUAAAGUUAAGGUUAAGUACACCUACAGCAGUGAUUCCGAAGGGUCUGACAGUGGGGUAUCCCCCAAGAAGAAAAGUGGAUUUUCAGCCUUGAAGGACGAUGCAGAUUUUGCUGCUGCGCUUGAGGGUUUCAUAGCUGAACGUCCUUUACAAAAGAAAGCCCCCAAAAAAGGUGUUCCCAAAACAUCCUUUAAAGGUUCUAGGACUGAAACUAAAAUAGCCAGAGCGACAUUGAUCAUCUGUCCUCUGUCAGUGCUCAGUAACUGGAUGGACCAGUUUGAGCAGCAUGUUCGCGCGGACGUCAGUCUGAAUGUGUAUCUGUAUUAUGGCUCGGAUCGCAGCAGAGAUGCCUCCUUCUUGGCGAAGCAGGAUGUGGUGUUAACAACCUACAACGUGUUGGCUGUAGACUACGGGAAUAAGAACAGCAGCCCGUUGCACAGGAUGGAGUGGCUGCGGGUGGUGCUGGACGAGGGACAUACGAUCAGGAACCCCAAUGCACUGCAGAGCAGGGCUGUGCUGGAUCUGACAGCCCAGAGAAGAUGGAUUUUAACAGGUACCCCAAUCCAAAACUCCCUGAAGGAUGUGUGGACAUUGAUCGCCUUCUUAAAGCUGAAACCCUUCGAUGUGAAGGAGUGGUGGAACAGAAUCAUUCAGCGACCUGUGACUAUGGGUGAUAAAGAUGGACUCCAGCACCUGCAGGCAUUGAUUAAGGGUAUCACUCUGAGGAGGACAAAAGCGAGUACAAUAAAAGGCAAGCCCGUGGUGGAGCUGCCCCAGCGGAAUGUGCGCGUUCAGCAUGUGACGCUGACCGAGGACGAGAGACGGGUGUACGAGGCAGUCCAGAAGGAAGGCAGGUCCAUCAUCAGACGGUACUUCAGGGAAGGGACUGUCUUGACAAACUAUGCCGACGUUUUAGCCAUCUUGGUCAGGCUUCGGCAGGUGUGCUGCCAUCCAGGGUUGCUGAGGAACUCCCCUGGAGCAGCAGGACCAACAGAAGAUGCAACGCCAAGUGAAUUAAGAGAGAAGCUAAUAAACAAAAUAAACAUGGUUCUGAACUCUGGUUCGGAUGAAGAAUGUGCCAUAUGCUUGGAGUCCCUCAGGUUGCCUGUGAUAACACAGUGUGCGCAUGUGUAUUGCAAGCCUUGCAUUUGUGAAGUCAUCCGCGCAGAACAGAAUGCCAAAUGCCCCCUUUGUAGGGGAGAAAUCAAAGUUGAGGAGCUGGUUGAAUAUCCUGGAGAGAAAGCCGAACUGGAAUCUGAAGAAGCUGGAGACGGGUUUUUGUCAAGUUCAAAGGUAGACGCCCUGAUGAUUCAGUUACAAAAAAUCCGUGACAAAGAUCCCAACAUAAAAAGUUUAGUGGUUUCUCAAUUCACAAAGUUUCUGUCUCUGAUUGAAAUCCCUCUGAGAGAACGUGGUUUCUCGUUUACACGUCUGGAUGGCUCCAUGAACCAGAAGAGGAGAGUGGCAGCUCUCCAGGCCUUUCAGAACACGAACCCAGGAACGCCGACCAUAUUGCUGCUGUCCCUUAAGGCCGGAGGAGUGGGCCUGAACCUAACCGCAGCCUCCAGGAUUUUCCUCAUGGACCCGGCCUGGAAUCCUGCAGCUGAAGACCAGUGCUUUGAUAGGUGCCACAGGAUUGGUCAGAAAAGAGAUGUAGUCAUCACCAAGUUCAUUGUGAAAAACUCUGUUGAAGAAAACAUGAUAAAAAUACAAAAGAAGAAGCGAGACCUGGUAGCAAAAGCCUUUGGACUCAAGAAUUUGAACGAGAGAAAGCAAGCAAGGAUUGAAGAAAUUAAAACGCUUAUGGAGAUUUAGUAAUCUAACCUAAUUCCUUGGCUUUUGGGACCAUUGACUGCAAAACUACAGCUUUUAUUUGAAAUUUAUGUUGCAUUUUGUACUUUCAUAUUUUGCAAAUUUUUAUAUACUGUAUGUAAAGAUUCUUCAUUAGGAAAGUGGUGAAAUGAAAAGGUAUUGUAAAAUACA